AUGCAUCUCAGUGACUUCCCUAUGAGGUUGGACAAUGCUCCAGGCAUUGCAUUGAGGACAGACAAUGAGAUUUACAAGAAUGAAAUGAAAGCUUUUACCACUAAAAUUGUAAACAUCCUGAAAGAAGCAAAAACGUUUAAGGCCUGGGGUGGGAAAAACCCAUAUAGCACUGCUAAAGAUUUAGCAUUUUCAAUUGCUCGAUUUGUCCAAGAUGGUGGGGUCUUGAAUAACUAUUAUAUGUAUUAUGGAGGAACCAACUUUGGACCCAACGCAGGAGGUCCAUAUAUAACCACAUCAUGUGAUUAUAAGGUUCCAAUUGAUGAAUAUGGGAAAAAUGAUGAUGGUUUUGCUCGAGAUUAUGCCAAAGAAGAAUGUUACAUCAAAGUUCCUGAAAGAUGA